GUGGUGCUAGCAUGCAGAGAUAAAGUCGUGCAAGACCUCUCCAAAUGUGUCCGGCGCGUGCGUUUGGAGACCUCGGGGCUUUUUCUCCACGUUAACGCGUUUGGUGCAGGUCGUUUCUGGGAUCGGGGAUUUCUCAGGAGAGAUGAUGAACUACUCGGCAGCCUCGUGCGAAUCCACUGAGCUUUCCAACAGCUCGCUGCCGUGCGCGAACCGCUCGGUGUCCGACAGCGACUCGGCGGACGAGGCGCCCUUUACGCACGCGUUCCCCGCCGUGUACGGGCUCCUGUGCUCGGUCGGAGUCCUCGCCAACGCGCUGGUGAUCUACGCCGUGGCCACGUGCAAGAAGAAGAUGGUGUCGGAUGUGUACGUGCUGAACCUGGCCGUGGCAGACCUGCUCUUUCUGCUCGUCAUGCCCUUCAACAUCCACCAGCUGGUGUGGGAGCGUCAGUGGGUCUUCGGCGCGUUCAUGUGCAAAGCCGUGGUGGUGGUGGACGUGAGCAACCAGUUCACCACUGUGGGCAUCGUCACAGUGCUCUGCAUCGACAGGUACAUUGCCAUCGUCCAUCCCAUGUCAGAGAACCGCACCAUCCAGUGGACCAUCAUCAUCAACCUGCUGGUGUGGCUUGGCAGUUUCCUGCUCACAAUUCCUGUCAUGAUUUAUGCCAAGGUAAUCACCAAGAAACAUUCUAGCGUGUGCAUGAUAUACCUUGAUGGUCCCCAGGACAUGUACUGGUAUACCCUAUACCAGUCAACACUGGGUUUCCUCGUGCCCCUCAUAAUCAUCAGCACCUUCUACUCGCUAACCCUGUACCAUGUAUUCCAGUCGAUGCGCCGGGCCAAGCGCAAGCAGUCUCUGUGGUCCAAGAGAGCCACCAGGAUGGUUGUGAUGGUUAUUACACUCUUCCUGUUUUGCUGGACACCGUAUCAUGUGAUUCAGGUGAUCAACCUGGGUAUCCAAGCUCCCACACUGGCCUUUGUUUAUGCCUACAACAUAAGCAUCUGUCUGAGCUACUCACACAGCUGCAUCAACCCGCUCAUGCUGCUGAUCUUUGCGCAGAACUACCGCGGGCGUCUGUGCCGUCAUCGCAAAACACGUAGCAACAUGUCCAAGACCACGGUGAAAACCGAGGGAUGCUCCAGCAUAAGUCCCGGUACCGCCCACCGUCUGACCAUCAUCUAACUCCUGCUAUGCAAAUAUAAAUCCUUCUUUGGUUUGUCUAUUUAGAGGAGCCUGUAACAUAGGAGUUUUGCUGUCAGUGAUGUUGUCAAGGAGAACCCAUUCAUGAAACUAAGAAUGCAUCCUUGUCCAGAGGCCUUGAGGAAGCCUUUUUUUUUUAAACCAAGAGUGAAGUUUAAGUCGGUCUAUACUACAUCAACAGCGGGUACAGAGAUAUUGAUCAAACGUAACAGUUUGUCUUCAGCUGUUCUACUUUUCCACACCUGUGUACUAUAACCUGUAAAAGGGUUCCCUUCUGAAGGUUUCUUCCUUAUGUCCCUUCUGGCUUGGUUUUGGAUCUAAAUCUACAUCCGGAUCUAUGUAAAGCUUCUUUGUGGUGAUGUAGCAAUUGUUAAAAGUGCUAUACAAAUGAAACUGAACAUGCUUCUCUGGAUAAUACCUGGACGAGGCCUGGAUAUAAAGACGUAUCCACUGACUACAUUCCUGAGAACCAAAAUGAACCAUCACUCAUUAGAUGGAAAGAGAAAAACAUAAGAUGUAAUCCAAAAGUAAUGGAGAGAACUAUCAAAGUGGGGAAGCAAUGGCAAUCAAAGUCUGGCAGGAUUAUGACAAAUUGUUUUUGGUACAAAGUCGCUGCUUGUGAGCUUCUAGUAAGUCAUGGCAAAUAAUUGCUUGUAAAGAAAAUUUUUGGAUGUAUUAUUUUUUAAUAGUUUAGUAAAGUUGCUUUUGAGCUUGAGGAGAGCAAGAGCAAGGCAGGGAUAGAAGAGAGCAUGACCAGGUAAUGUCUUCAUCUCAAAGUAUUCUUAUAUUUCAAGGAAGUUGAUAAUUCAAAGACUGUCAGCAGGGAUGACCCACAAUUCUAUACUUUGUAAAUGGUAAAAGUCCACCCUGAAUGACUUGCAUAUUAAUAUUUAGAAUUAACAUGUGAUCUUCAAUGGUGUCUGAGAUUUAUU